GUUCCCGAUUAAGUUUGAACUAGUUCUGACGGGGUUUGCUUUACGUUUAUCCUGUAUUUAAUUUGUUUUUUAAUGCAGGGUAGGAAGAGAGAAUCUAUUAAACUCAAAACCCUCGCACGUUCCCAUGAAAGUUCCCUAUCAUUUUCUAGCGGGGGUUCCACGCGCUGAGCUACCCUAUAAGCUAUUAAUCCCAUUGUCGUGAUUUCUAUCACCAUUUUAACUCUCCCUGCAGCGCUCUCUGUGCACAACUACACGCUGUGACUGCCCACUUUCCUACUCUCGUUAGAAGUUUCUUUCUUAGCAAUUUCAAUGGCUUCUGCGGAAGAAACGGAAGCCAUUAAAGGAGCGAAAGUAUUAAUGGUUGGCGCGGGCGGCAUUGGUUGUGAGCUGCUCAAAACCCUUGCGUUGACGGGCUUCAAAGACGUGCAUGUCGUGUGGAGGAGCAGUGAAACGCUAAAACGAAAACAGUAUGCUUUAAAAAAAAGUAUUGGCUAUGGAUUUCACUUUUAUCCAUUUGAAAACGUAAAAAAAAAAAAACCACAAAAAUUGUGCCCAACUUUUGAAUUGUGUCAAAAUUUGCUUGGAAUUGCCAUGUCAACAUUGGGUUCAUCCAGAUUCAACCAGCGAGUUCCAAAAUAUUUCGACCUCAAAAUUGGCAAACCCUGUUCGACUCUGCAGAUUGACAUGGACACAAUUGAAGUUAGUAACUUGAACAGGCAAUUCUUGUUCCGGAAAGUGCAUGUGGGGCAAUCCAAAGCCAAGGUUGCAAGGGAAGCAAUACUGAAAUUCAAGCCAGACAUGAACAUAGUUGCAUAUCAUGCAAAUGUGAAGGAUCCUGAAUUCAAUGUGGAUUUUUUCAAGCAGUUCAAUGUGGUGUUAAAUGGGCUGGAUAACCUGGAUGCACGGAGACAUGUCAAUAGGCUUUGUUUGGCUACAGAAGUUCCAUUGGUAGAAAGUGGCACGACUGGGUAUUUGGGACAGGUUACUGUGCAUGUUAAAGGCCAGACAGAAUGUUAUGAGUGCCAAACUAAACCGGCCCCAAAAACAUACCCAGUUUGUACCAUUACAAGUACUCCAUCAAAGUUUGUACAUUGCAUCGUUUGGGCAAAAGAGCUGCUUUUUGCCAAGUUGUUUGGUGAUAGGAGCCAAGCAAGUGAUCUUAAUGCGCAGUCUAAUGACACUGCAACAGGUUCAGCGAAGGAUGACAGAGAUGCAUUUGAUUUCCGUGAGGGUGAAAGCCAUGAAGACUAUGGAAAACGAAUCUUUGAUCAUGUUUUUGGAUAUAACAUUGAGAUUGCUUUACAAAAUUCAGAAACUUGGAAGAAAAGGAGAGCACCGGUUCCUAUAUAUAUUAAGGAUAUUCUUCCUACAAGGGAUGAAGAACCGAAUGGAAAUUCUCAUAAUUCAUUUGGCAAGGAAAGAGAUCAUUCUCUAUCUGCAAUGGCUGCCUUGGAACUAAAAAAUUCACAGGACAUUUGGACUUGUAGUGAUAAUGCAAGAAUUUUCUUGAAGGCUUUGCAACUUUUUCUUGAAGGAAGAAAAAAUGACAUUGGGAAUUUGACUUUCGACAAAGAUGACCAGUUAGCUGUUGAGUUUGUGACUGCAGCUGCAAAUCUUCGAGCUUCUUCUUUUGGCAUCCCAAUGCAGAGUCUCUUUGAAGCAAAAGGUAUUGCAGGCAAUAUUGUCCAUGCAAUUGCAACAACAAAUGCAAUUAUCGCUGGUCUAAUUGUCCUUGAAACAAUUAAGUUACUGAGAAAUGAUUCAAAAAAUUAUAGGAUGACAUACUGCUUAGAACAUCCAUCGAGGAAGAUGCUUCUGAUGCCUGUAGAACCAUUUGAACCAAACAAAUCUUGUUUUGUAUGCUCAAAGACACCUAUGUCACUAGAGGUGAAUACACAGAAGACAAGACUGAAAGAUAUGAUAGAAAAAGUUGUUAAGAACAAACUUGGUGUCAACUUGCCAUUGAUAAUGCAUGGCCCAACACUUUUGUAUGAGACUGGUGAUGACCUCGAGGAAGAUAUUGCUAAACAUUAUGAGAAAAACUUAGAGAAGACAUUGGCAGAAUUCCCAAUUCCAAUCACAAACGGGUCUAUUAUUACAAUUGAGGAUCUCCAGCAAGAGUUCUCAUGCAUUAUCCACAUUAAGCACAGGGAUGAAUUUAAUGAGGAGGAGACAGACGGCAUGGUUCUAUCUGGAAAGAUUCCUGCCUGGGUUAGUGGAAAUGAUCAUAAUGCUGAAGAAUGUGGAGAAGAGCGAACAGGUGCAAGCAUAGAAGCUGGAGAUGUUUCAGAUGAUGUUGAAGUAGUUGCUGCUGGCUUCACUGCUGCUGUAGCAUCGAAGAGAAAUUUGAAUGAUGUGACAUUUCUUGAUGAAAACAUGGGUGAAAAAGAAAAUAAGAAGAUUCAGUUAGUCAUAGAUGACACAGUUGACACAGUUGCCACCGCAGGAAAUAAGAGAAAAUUAGAUAAUAAUGAUGAUGGUGUGAAUGUAGUUGUUGAAGCUCCUGAGAAGAAGAUGAGGACAAGAUUGGAGUAGGACCUGUAUCAUGCUUCAGAACCUGUAUAAAAAGUAUUUUGAUGGCAAUUUUAGUCUAUAAUUUUUUUUUUGGAUUCCUCGUGCAAAUUGUAUCUAUUCUUUGUAUCCUUGGGCCUUGGGUUGUUUCAGAAUCCCUGAUUUAGGUUUGCAGUUGAGUAUGCUGUGAGUUAUACAAUUUGGAGGUAUUAACGCAUUUUCCAUUAUCCUAACAUAAAUUAUUCUGAACAGAUAGAGGAAGCUUGUGAACUGGAUUUAGCCCGGACAACCUUAUCAUAUUCUGGGGUUGGUUGUUGACUUGGCUGAUUUCUCUGUAAAAUGCACCUUUGGUGUUCCUGAUAAGAAUUACAAAUCAUCCAUAAUCCCACUAACGAAGGCAGUAACAUUAGUUUUGCAUGUUAUUUUGAAGGGCAUAUGAUGUUAAAAUAUAUAUACUGUCAAGCAAAAUACCAUGGUAGUCUGUAAAGCUUAGAACGUGAAUAAAGCAGUUGAGCUUGAAUGGGGUUAAGUAUGAAUGAGAACCUUCUUUGGGCAGCCUUAUGCUCUUAUCUUGAUUCCCUUGUAAACAAUGUUGUAACAUUGAUUUUGCAUUUCAUGCAUAUAAAGAUAUAUUUGGAGAAUCUAAUAUUCUACUGGA